CUUACAAAAGAUGAUGAAAUACUUCCGAAAAGUUUGAUAAGCAGCCGUUGUACGUGCUUCGUGCAUGUAAAUUGUUUGUAAACAGUGCGUUCAAGAAUAUUCAAACGCGUUCUACACGACUUUUACUUUUUCGGUUCGUUUCUCGUCCGUUGCUCAGACAACAUUUGAUCGCCGAUCGGUACGCACACAAAAAUAUUUUAUUUAUUUACGAGUCGUUCAUAAACAAGGCGCAAUUUCUUCAAUUUCGUGACGUGAUUUGUUGUUGUCAUCAGUUACAAAAUAUUUUUUUGAUCAUUUAUUUUUGCGCUGUUUACACCGAAGGAUCGAAUUUUUGCUCGGUUCUUAAUUUUUUUAUAGUACAAAUUUUUUUUCUUACAACUUUUGACCAAAAAUUUUAAAAAAAAUGACGUGUCUCGCAGUGAAACGCAGUCGGGUCAAGUCCAAGCAAAAGACGGAAGAAACAAUCGCCCGUGUCGACCAGUUAAAGAGCAAAAACAAAAAAUUAGAAGGAAAAAUUGAGGCUUUGAAUAAGCAACUGGCAUUCCUCAAAAGUCUCUUCUUGGAACAAGCGAUGGCCAAAAAGGACAACAUCGACAUGGAAAAACUAAAGGAAAUGCUGGCGGAUAUCGAUUCCGACGACGAAGAUGCCGAAAUGGAAAAAGCCUAAAUUUUUUAAGUUACUUUAAGUUGACAAGUAUUUUAAAGCGUGAAUGGAUGAGCAAAUGAGGCGCAGGUGUUUCAACAUUGCCGCGAAGAGUUAAACAUGAAACGCUGAUUAAUUAUUGCAUCAUAUUACGAACUCUCAGUAAUUACCUGAUGAAUUUGUCAGAAUAGUAAAUAUAUUAUGUGUACCUCGUACAUGACACAUGGCGUGACGUGAUUGUAACCUUGAUGGAUGUUAAUUGUGGAAAUUUUUAAAAAAUAUUUUUUUUUUGUUAGAAUUAUUGAAAAAAUCCUUAAUAAAAUAAUUUAAAAUGAA